AUGUCUAUGUGGUGCCAGUGGGUUAAAUCGUAUUUACUUAAGGGCAGAAGUUUCUGGAAAGUAAAGGUUCCCCACAACUCUUCUUGGGUUUGGAGAAAGAUUCUAGCUCUUAGGGAUAAAAUUUCACCCCUUAUUAUCCACAAAAUAGGUAGGGGUGACUCUACCUUUUUAUGGUAUGAUAAUUGGCAUCCUCUUGGUCCUUUAUGGAAAAAAUUUGGGGACAGAAUCUUGUAUGACUCUAAUCUUAACAGUGAAACUAAGGUCAAUCAGAUUAUGGAUGGGGACUCUUGGAAGUGGCCUGUCCCCAACUCUUGGGAAAUAAGGGAGCUGAUCUCUUCAACCCCCACUAGCUGCAGACCUAACCUUCUACUGGAUGAUCAACCUACUUGGUCUCUUUCUGAUGGGAAAUUUACUAUUAAUGGUGUUUGGAAUCAUUGGAGGCUUAAGCUUGAUAAAGUUGUUUGGCAUAAAUUAAUCUGGGGGGCUCACCAUAUCCCUAGGGCUAGUUUUGUUGUUUGGAUGGCUGUCCAGGAGAGGCUUAAUACUGGUGACAGGCUUCAGCUAUUUGGCAUCUCUCCUACACCAACUUGCCCCUUUUGCAAACAUUGGCCUGACUUUCAGUGGCCUGGCAUUAUUCCCUUUGCUACUAAAGAGACUAAGAGAAGAUCAUUAAGAUCCAUAAUCAUCAAAUUGUCAUUGUUGUGCUCUGUUUAUAUUAUCUGGCUUGAAAGGAAUAACAGAAUUUUCAAUAAAGAAUUAAAGCCAGAAGAAGUGGUAGUUAAAAUAAUUGUCCAACUGAUUCGAGGUAGAUUGUUGUCUAUCACAAAUGUUCCUAGAAAUGCAGGUGACAACUGGUACAUUGACCAUUGGAAUUUGCCUGCUACUGCCUUGAAGUCCCAUGUUCUCGGCACUGGGAGGGCUGUUGAGUGA